AUGCCAGCGACUUGCACACCAGAGUCAGGGGAAAACUCGGAGGUGUCGGGACAGGGGGGUGAUACUUUGAACCUGCCCUCGCCCUCGGGAGCAACAGAGCUGAAAGUAGCCGACCGAAGUCCUGGGAUGGAGGCAAACAACAUUAAACGACUGCUUAACGAGUUCAAAGGACUUCACGAGCAGAGACUGAGAUGCCUGCAGGUGGACACCACCGUGUCAAAGGAAGCGCUCCUGCAGAAGAAAGUGGAUUUCCUGCAGUCUUAUGUGAAGGACCUCACAGACCAGAACCAGGUGCUGGCUCAGACCAUUGAGGAUUUGCAAAGGGAAGCUGGACACAGAGUUUCCAGUUUUGGAAUGAAGCUACACACCUCUGAUCGUGAUUUGAACGUGUCUGAGGUUAGUCUAAGGACGUUGCUGCUGGAUGAGCUUAAGGGACCCAUGGUUCACAUCCCACACAGCGUCAACAUUAAACACAUCAGAUUGAAGCCACCCUCCAGGACUGCCACACAGGUGUUGGAAAGUACUGAGAGACUGGUGCACCUGCAGAGCGAGCUGUCUUGUCUGCAGCGUAUCCAUAAAGACAACAUGAAGGAGAUUGCUGAGAAAGACAUCUGCAUCACCAAACUGCAAGCUAACAUUCAGCUUCUGCAACAAGAGGGGGCUGACACUCGUGCUCAGUUGGAGGUCAGCAGAAAGCAGGUGGAAAGACAGAGCAGGGAGUUGUCAGAGCUCCACCAGAAGGAGGAGACACUUCUCUGUGAGGCCGAGGCCAACAUGGUGCGUUUGAAGGAUGAGCUCGGCGCCUUUUUUCACCAAAGGAUGGAAGAGAAAGAGGCAAGGAUCGUCCAACUAACUGAAGAGUUUAAUGGAGCGAAACAAAAAUUACAAACAAGCGAGCGUACAUUGAAUGAUAUCACCGAGACCCUGGAUCAGACCAGAACCACGCUGAACACAGACAGGCAGCAGAGAGACAAGAUCCAGGACGAGUUGCACCAUGCCGGCAAAGAGGUGGAGCGUCUGCAGGUGGAACUAACUGAUGCACGUAUCGCCACAGAAAAGAAGAUACAGAAGAGGGAGAUAAAGAUGUGUGCGCUGGUGAGGGAGCUCGCGGAAAAUAAAAAGCAGCUCUCUGAAUGUCAGAAAGAGCUGCUUCGAAGACAGACGGCUUUGGAGAAAGUGAGCGAGGAGACGGAUGAGCUGAGAGCCAAGAUGGAGGACCUCAGCAGAGAGAGUGUCCACCUCAACCAGACCAAAGAGAGACUGGAGGCUGACUUGGCUUUGAGCCACGAGAAGCUUCACACUUCACACCUGGAGGUUCGAAGCAGAGAUCAGUUCAUUCUGCAGCUGAGAGCUGAGAUGAAGACAGCUGAACAAAAGCAUCAAGGGACACAGAAACAGGUGACAGCACUGGAGGAAGAGGCAAGACGCUUGAACCACAAGGUCAGAGCACACGAGGAAGAGGCCUGUCAGUUAAGCGGAAAGCUGAGAGAUAUCGAGCACCUUAAAGACCAAAAGGAGGCAGAACAACAGCAACUAUACGAUCAGCUCCAUAUGAGUCAGCAACAGGUUGAGACACUUAAAGAGAAACUAACGAAGCAGGAGGCUGACAUGGAGCUUCUUCACCAGCAGCUAAAAAGAGCCAAGGGCAAGCUGAAAGAGGCCAGUUUGCAAAGCCAGGAGCAGAAAGAAACCGUAGCAAUUUUUAAACAGAAGUACACUGCGGCAAUAGACAAGGCGCAGAGGGUGCGAGGGCAGGUGGAACUUCUGGAAGAGGAGCUACGAUAUUCACAGCAACAGCUAAAAGAGUCACAAUUGGCAACUCAUUCAGUGAAGGAAGAGUUAGCUGAUCUGGAGAGGCGGUACCAGGAAAAGGUUGGCCAAUGGGAGAGCUCGCAGGAGGCUCUUGACCGAUUAGCGGAUGAGCUACAGGCCAAUCAGAACCUACGAAGGGAGAAUCAGCAAAAAGCAGAUCAUUUCAAAAGCAUGAUGGGAUCCCUCCAGGAGCAGAUGGACAUGUUCAAACAGCAGAAACUGACAGUGGAGCGUGACCUACGGCUCUAUCAGCAGAGCCAUUCUUAUUCAGACGAGGAGUAUCUCAGCCUGUCACGACUCAGACAACAGCUACAGAAGUGCUGCACUGAGCAGGUUGAACGCCUUGCGGAGUGUGAAAAGGCUAUUCUUCAGAUGAAGUCAGAGCUGGAGAGACAAACUCAGGAAAACAUGGGUUUGAAGCAAACUCUUGCUGCUUCCCACCACAAGCACCUGAGCAUUCGCAGCGAGCUUGAAGACGAAGUUGCACGUUUGAAAAAAGAAGUAUCAUGCUUAGAACUUGAGCUGGCGGGCACCCAAAAGAUACAGGUGACGCUCCUCAGGCAGUCUGAGGAGGAGCUAACGGAGGCCAGAUGGGAGUCUGCGAGAAGGAGUAGAGAGGUGGAUGUACACAAGGGAGAGGCGCAGAGACUUCAGGGGGAGUUGCAGAAGGAGGAGGAGAAGAUGAGGAGAGCCAUCGGACAGAACCAGAGCCUGAGCGCCUCCGUCGGGCAGCUGAGGCAAGAGCUGGUGGAGCUACGCAACAAGCACCAAGUGACAGUGGAGGAGUUGGCAGCUCGUGCAGAGGAGGCGAGGCGGAUGGAGGGGUGCCUGAAUGAAGGAAAGCUAGCAGAGGAGAAAAUAAGGUCCAUGGCUGUGAGGCUGGAGAAGGAGGUGACAGAGCUCGGGAAGAACCUUCGGCAGGCUGUCGAUCAGAAACUCAAGGCUGAGAGAGAGAAACAGGAUGCACAAGACCAGGUGAACGCACUCCGGUCAGAUCUGGAAGGGACACGGUCUGAUAAUCUAAACCUUCGCCAUGAGAGCCAGCUGGUCAUGACUAAUGUCAACCUUUGGAUCACUGAACAAAAGGCCUCCAAUGAGAGCCUCACUGCCCAGAUGAAGGCCCAAAACAAGGUGCUGCUCAUCGUCACCGAAGAGAAAGAACAUCUUCAGGAGGCUAAUGACACAUUGAAGGCAGAGGUAAAGAGACUGAAAGACGCGGCGGAUGAGAAGGAGAGGGACAUAGAACGCUUCAAGGCCCAGAUCCGAGACCAGGGCAUCCGGCAAGACGGGAAAACCACGGAAAGGAAGGGUUGUGUUGCUCUAAACCUCAGCAAAAUUGAGGACAUGCAGACCAGACUGCAAAGCAACCUGGAGGCCAUCGGAAUGCUAAAUCAACAAUUAAACGCCCUCAGCGGGGAGAAUAAGCGGUUGCGUAGGCAGCUGGAGGAGGAGAGGUCCAUGCGUAGACAAGUAGAGCAACUGCUCCCACCUCCUCCCACGUCCCAGCUCUGCUCCUCCAUCCCCCUCUCCCACAGAUCCCACCCUCCUCCUCCUCCUCCUCUCUCCGCCUCCCUCUGCCUCCCUCAUCCUCUGGGUCCAGAGACACAGGACCCUAUCGGGAUUCUAACACAAACCAAGCUGAAUAGAGCCGGAUCAGAGAGACCAGGUGAGUCCCAGGCUUUGGGUGAAGCGUUCCAGAUUAGGCCAACUGCAGCGCACGCUGUCUCCACCUUUCUGGAAGAUACUUGGUCUGGGAGGACAAGCAGGCAUCUGGCCAAAUGAAGCCCCCUGAAGACUUUGACCUGUCAUGACUUUUUGACCUUCAGCUCCUCACUGGGGAGCAUGCUCAGUAUGAGGUUAAUGUCCUGCAGGUCAAAGUCAAGUCCCAGGGUUCUUUUUGCCUGAGGGGGGCUCCAGAACCAGCAAAUGAUGGAAUUUCCUUAGCCAUGUUUUAUAUGGCUACUGCUAUGCCACGAGAAGAAGAGAUUCAUUCCAAGAAAAUGUUCACAUUUAUAGAAUAUCUUUAAAGCAAAUAAAGCUUAUAGAAUCUGAAAUGAAAUCUUUAAACAAUGAUGUUCUUUUGCAACAAAACUGUAGCACUAAGCGCGAGAAUAUUUUCUAACAUCUGCACUUAUUUGAAAAUCCCCAACAGUCCUGAUGAACUAUAAUCAUUUUAAUGAUCUUGAAUGGGCAAAUGAGCUAAACAGAGCAAAUGACGGAGUGCAAAUGUGUCUUACACUGGAGAUGAGUCCUGCUUUGGAUAAAUGAGAGACGGCACAUCAUCAGUAUCCACAGACAUGGCUCAGAUGUUGAUGUAAAUGGCUGGGGCUCAGCCUCUGAUUACGCUGCAGCUGUGCACCAUGUGUCCCACGUCUACUGUGGUGAAUGUGACCGUGUGUCUUUAUGUCGGAGUACAUUAUGUGUCUGUGUGCUUCUGUCUCUCUGUAAGGGCCUGUGGGUGAGUGUGCUCUCGCGCGUUUGAGUAUAUUAGUUGUUUAAUGUUGUUUUAUGUUUUUGUUUUAUACUUUAAAACCUAUUUAUUGAUUUUUCUCUGUCGCUGUGUUUGAGCCCCUGUGUCGGGAUAACAGAAAAAUAAAAUUUGUAAGCAGCUUUA